AGAUCAUGCACAGAGCAUCCUACCGACAUAACCAACAAUAACCUUUUCUAAACGGACCCACGACCGAGAUAACACUGGACGUAAACUCGCGAGGGCCUCGUCAAGGACGUAGCAAUCAUCACCGGCAAGGGAGGGUAGGCCAGGACGCCCAAGUACGAGGAGCAUCGUUCUCGCGCUCUUGCCAAACACGCCUUCCGCUGCCAUGGCCUCCUGCCUAUCGCUCCAGGGAUCCAAGGCAUGCUCCGCCUUUCAGGAGUCCUCCGUGUCCAUCAAGGACACACAUCUGGUGGGGUUGUUUCCUUUCAUACAGUUCGCCUCGAGCGUUGAGACGUUCGACGCGCUGUUGAUGUCCUACGUGCAAACUGAGUACGUUCGUGAAAAAUACUCGGGCCUUCUUGGUUGCGAAGGCAUCGACUACACCAACACCAGCGACAUCUAUGCUCGCUACACUACCACGGUAAUUUGUAAUGCCUUAGUUCAAAAUUCCAUCGAGGCCUGCGACCUUUCCCCAGAAGAAUCUCGUCCAGUCUGCGCAGACACAUGCGCCCAGUUUGCGCAAGCCGAGGCGUACCUCCUAUCUGACAGCUCUAUUUGCCCCAAACCUGGUAGCAAUGCGCAGUCGCAAAUCAGGGCAGACUUCACCAAUUGCGCCCUGCCUGAUAGCUCAUUAUCGUCUCGAGACUGCAUUCCGGGCUACGCGAACGAGCCCGAUAACUGCGGGUAUGGCAACAGUACGAUAGGAUUGUGUUCCUAUUGCGCCAAGGGUGGGAUCAACUCCACCGAUACCUGCUGCUAUGGCGCCGAUGCUGAGACGCGCUGCGCGGGGGUUGUCCUCCCAACAAUCACGCCGAUCACUCUCCCCACGGUCACAGCAACAGUUAAGCCGGACCCGGAUCAGGAUUCCGGCGGUGGCGGUCUUUCUGGAAGGCAGACUGCCGGCAUCGUUGUCGGCUCCGUUUUGGGUGCCGCGCUUAUCGCGGCGCUCGUUUUCGGGAUCCUUGUCUGCCGUAGGAGGAGAAGUGGCAGUCAGAAGGGGAGCAUUUUCAACCAGCCUUCGCCCGCUCGAAAGGGGCCAACGACAUCGCAGAUGGGACAAAGCAGCACGAGCAAUGGGUUCGAUGUGCUACCUGGAGGCAGGGUCGCCCGGAUGUCAGCGCUUGAAGGACAAUCGCACGAGACGCCUUCGCGCCACACCGCCCGGGACAUGCAUGGCUCUGUUCCCGGAACAGCAGGGGGGUAUCGUGGAAGCAGGAGGAGGGGCGAUGAUCGUUCGUCUUCAGAUGGCUUUGGGAGCAGUGUGGCAUCGGAGCGUGGUGUCGCUGGUGUGCUCCGGCCGCCGCCGGCGAUGUUGAGGAGGAAUGGCUCGCUUUCUAGUGGUUCUGUGCUGGCGGGCGAGGAUCCCCAGUCGCCCAGCUCUGGCGGCAUUUCGUCGCCACAAGGAGUGGCGAGCCAGCAGUCGGAGCAGCUGCCGUUCUUCAAGGACUACUAUUCCCAAGACGACAUCCACCCUGGCGACCGGGUUGCCGUGCUCUGGGCGUAUCAGCCGCGGGCGAGUGACGAAUUCCAACUGGAGAGGGGCGACAUGCUCAAGGUCGUGGGCAUAUGGGAUGAUGGUUGGGCUACGGGCGUCAUGGUGGACGAACGCGCCGAGCAGUGGGAGGCCCGCCGACAAGCUCAGAGGGAUAGCGGAGUGUCGAACACGUCAGCGAGAGUCCGCGACGAUUCGCCACCCGUCCGCGGCGAGAUAAAGGCAUUCCCGUUGGUUUGCGUAUGCUUGCCGGAGCACUGGAGGAAGACCCUCGAAGGCGACGGGUCAACCGACACGUCCAGCGCAAAUCCGUACACGACAGCGGCAUGAACGCUAGGUGCGCGGCUUAUGAUGAUGACUCAGUUCUCGAUCCCUUUUCCCGAUCAUGCUCGAUGAAGGCCUCCCUGUUUUCGUGCGGCAUUGUUCUACGGCGUUGGGGAGCUUACACCACUCUUGCUAUUGUCUCAUUGGGAGUUCAAGCGGUUCCGGAGCUGCCACUGGGCUC